AUCGGCGAAAAUUUACCAUGCGACAUAUGUAAUGUCAAAUUGAUUGAAUUUGAAAGAGAUCUGUUCACCGGUUCGCGCCACUUUCAUCUGAGAAAUUACAAAAUAGACAAACUGAUUUUCAAACAGGAUGAGUACUUGUGAACACUUGAGAUGAUUCGAUCGUUCGCACCCAGUCAAAGGGGGAAACGGCCUUUGCUCGUGGAUAUACCACAGGAAAUUGAAGAACUGCAUUUGACUCAAAAGUCUGAAAAUUAUACGCAGGAGCCAAAAAGAAGAACUACCAAAAAUGUCAAAGAUAUACAAAUACCAGAACGCAAAGCUAUUCCUCUUUCUGAUAAUGGUGUUUACACGAUGCAGAAAAUAGUAUCCGAGCAUGAAGAGAGAGUGAGGAAACUUCUCAGUAAACCCUUUCAAAUACCAAUACCUGGUUACCAAUUGUCUGGACGAGUUCUUGGAUUACGUCUACCAGGACCACGUAGGCCAUUGCAUGAUCCUGAUGAACCUAAUGCCCUAAUUGUCUAUUCGCCACCAGAAUUAUCGGAACAUGACAGAUUGAAAGUAGAUUUGUGCAAGCAGCUCGUACAUGUAGUUGUAGAUCCUAUAUUGUGCAAUGUAUUACGACCUCAUCAACGUGAGGGAGUGAAAUUUAUGUACGAAUGUGUAACAGGAAAACGUAUAGAAGAUGCAUAUGGCUGCAUCAUGGCAGACGAAAUGGGUCUUGGCAAAACCCUACAAUGCAUAACUCUGUUGUGGACAUUGUUAAAACAAGGACCAGAGGCUAAACCACUAAUAGAUAAAGCCAUUAUUGUCGCACCUAGCUCUCUGGUGAAGAAUUGGUACAAUGAAAUUAAUAAAUGGUUAAAUAACAUGGUUAAUACUCUUGCUAUUGACGGCGGAAAGAAAGCAGACAUUGACAAGCAGCUCAUUCGUUUUAUGAAAACUUAUGGCAGAGUUGUAACUCCUAUUCUUAUUAUAAGCUACGAAACGUUUCGUUUACAUGCACAUGUUCUGCAUCAGGACGAAGUGGGCCUCGUAUUGUGCGACGAAGGUCACCGCUUAAAGAAUUCUGAAAAUCAAACUUAUCAAUCUCUUAUAAAUUUGAAAGCCAAGAGAAGGGUAUUACUCAGUGGAACGCCCAUACAGAAUGAUCUAUUGGAGUACUUUUCUCUCGUACACUUCGUUAAUCAAGGAUUAUUGGGAACUGCACAGGAAUUUCGGAAAAAAUACGAGAUACCUAUAUUACGUGGUCAAGACGCAGCUGCAACAGACAAAGAACGUGAACUCGCUCAGGAACGUUUGACUGAUUUAGUAUCCAUUGUUAAUAAAUGUCUCAUUAGACGUACUAGUGCUUUGCUCUCGAAAUAUUUACCAUUAAAACACGAACUUGUAGUGUGUAUUAAAAUGGGAGAGUUGCAGACACGUCUCUAUAAAAAUUUCAUACAGAGCGAUAGUAUAAAAAAAUCUAUGGAAGAAAAUGAUAAUUCAAAGAAAGGAGGUAGUUUGUCCGCUUUGGCUGCCAUAACUCUUUUAAAGAAGCUCUGCAAUCAUCCUGACUUAAUAUAUGAUAAAAUUAUGGAAAAAGCAGAAGGAUUUGAAAGAGCGGCAUCAUUGUUGCCGCCAAAUUACUCGACAAGAGAAGUAAUGCCAGAAUUAUCGGGUAAAUUGAUGGUUCUUGAUUGCCUACUGGCGUCUAUUAAAACCACGACAAAUGACAAAAUAGUAUUAGUAUCCAAUUAUACGCAGACACUCGAUUUAUUCGAGAAACUCUGCCACAAACGUUCCUACAAUUAUGUGAGGCUCGACGGUACAAUGACGAUUAAGAAAAGGGCGAAAGUAGUGGACAAUUUCAAUAACGAAAAUAGUAAUGAUUUUAUAUUCAUGCUUAGUUCGAAAGCUGGUGGAUGUGGCUUGAAUCUCAUCGGUGCGAAUCGUCUAGUCAUGUUCGACCCAGAUUGGAAUCCUGCAAACGAUGAGCAAGCGAUGGCCAGAGUAUGGCGAGAUGGUCAGAAAAAACCAUGCUUCGUCUAUCGUUUUCUUUCUACUGGAACGAUAGAAGAGAAAAUAUUUCAGAGACAAGCCCAUAAAAAGGCGUUGAGUUCCACGGUGGUUGACCAAGAGGACGACGUGGCAAGACAUUUUACUAUAAAUGAUCUGCGCGAUUUAUUCAAAUUGGAGGAGAAUACAGUUUCUGAUACGCACGCAAAGUUCAAAUGCAAACGUUGUGUCAAUGGCAUCGAGGUGAAGGGUCCACCAGAGCAGUCUGAUUGUAAUUCUGAUUUGUCUGACUGGCGACAUUCGCAUAAUCCACGGCAUUUACCAGAUAUACCAUUACGACAGUGUUGGCCCAGCGGUAUUUCGUUUGUUUUUCAUCAUCGUUCGCAUGAACAAGUAAAAUAACUCUCGCCUAAUGACGAUCUGUUUGCAUCUUGUUUCGGAACUUUGCAUUUUAGGAAUCAAGUUAUACAACAUUAAUUAAAAAAUAUUAUAACUGCAGAAAAUUAUCUUGGUAAAAAAAUUUGUUUAAUUUUUUUCUAGAGACUUAAGUCUAAAAUUUAAAUAUACAUGUACAUGAAAUUCUUUUCUUUCUCGUAACACAUUCCUUUUCUAUUUGUAAAUUUAGUUGAUUUUGUACAAAAAGAUCGUCAUAAUUCGCAAAACACAGUUACAAUUUUUGUCAAUAUAAAUGUGCCUUACAUUUUGUAUAAAUUAUUUUGCGUUUAUGUAAGGAAGAGAUAAAUUUAGAUAAAAAUAAAAGAUACAUUUCUAAUAUC